AAGCCCACUUCCUAUUUUGAAAGUGUUAACCGUUCCAGGCAAAAGGACAAAGAAAAAUUUCCUCUUCUAACACUACAUUCUUCAGCAGGCUUGUGAUCCCACAAAGAACUUUGUUGUCAUGGAUGGCAAGACAAAUGUGAAGUCCAUCAUGGCAAAGUUUAGUAACAACCCAGCUGGGGAGGUUGACAGCCGACAAGCCAGAGUUGCAGGACAGCCGUCGUUGGUGGCAAGGACUGCAUUUGAGAAAUUUAACCACCUGGAAAAUGCCGCUGCACCUCCCAGACCCAGCAACAUCCACAAAUCUCCAUCUUUUAAACCACCUUUGGGCACCAAACCGUCUCUUCCUGACACAUCGGACAAGGACCCAAAGCCACCCCAUUUGAAGAGCAAUGCAGUGGCCAGCAAGGUUGCUGCCCUGGCGCAGGCAGCUAACAGGGAAACGAGUGAAAAACCUGGAUUUCCUAGGCCUUUGGGUCCCAAACCUAGCGAUGGACAAAAAGCUGAAUCCAGGCCAUUGUUCCCAAAGCCUCCUGACAACAGGUUGCCUGGCUCCGCAGCACCAAAAAAUGAACUCAGGCCACCGGGACUACCCAGGUCAAACUUUAAACCUGAACCUCAAGGAAACGAGACAAAGCCUGUGUCUCAAAUGGCGGCUGGAUUUAAAGAAAAAAUAACCGCGGCCUCGCAGAAUGACCCCAAACCUCCUUUUCCAAAGCCAGCCCUUGGGAAGAAACCAGGUCUACAUCCUGUCCCCAAUGAAGAGACUCCCCCAAAAUACCCCUCCUUGAAUCAGACUUCUCCAAGCCCACUAGGCCUCAAACCCAAACCCAACUCAUUUAUAAUGGCCAAGGAUGCCGAAGGAAAGAGAGAGAAUGGGAUGGAUCCCACAGCUAGCGCUUUCCCUGGUGUAACCUUGAGACACGUCGCCGACAAGAGCAACCUGUCUCCGGCCCCCCAAAAAUCUUACGGCCAACAGAGCAACGAAGAAGCAAGACCAAGUGUGGCCAAGAAUAUUUUCAAAGUCAGUCAAGAGGAUUCUGGGUCAACUUCUGGAGGACCUAAAUUCACUGGUCUGCCCAGGGCGACUAUGACAGGACCUUGGGAUAGCAACUCUGAAAAAGAAGAGAAGGACAAGAAUUUGCCGAGACGGAAGGCAAUCCCUCCGCCAUUCAAAUUAGGUCCGGCCCCGCAGAAACCCAGCAGACCACCAACGGUGAACCUUGAAAAAUUCAGGAAAUACACUGGAGAAAGCUCCAGCAAACCCCAUGUGGCAGGUUUACCUCCUGCACUUCCACUGCCUGUUUCGACCCUGCAAACCGCCACCCAGCUGCCUCCCCCGCCUCCUCCAUCAGCUUCCCAUCCAUCAGCACAAGCUCCAGUCCUUCCCCCAAGAAACAUCAAGCCCAGGGACAAUGAAGAAAGCUACGAUGAUGUUGAGUUUGGAGGAAAUGGGGGUGCAGAUGAGAGUCUAAACAGUGAAGGGGAGACGUAUGAAGAUAUAAACGAAAUGAGACCUACAUCUAGAGAUGAUGAAAGGAAAAAGGAGAAGGAAGAAAGAAAGAAAUCAGAGAAAGAACAAAAGGAGAAAGAGAAAAAAGAGCAGGACGUCAGGAAGAAGUUCAAACUAGUGGGACCCAUUGAAGUCAUUCACCAGGCCCGAGCUUGCACAGACUUCAAAGGAGGGAAGAACGAUCUGACAUUCAAGCAAGGAGAUAAAAUCGAAAUCAUCCGCAUCACUGACAAUCCAGAGGGGAAGUGGCUGGGAAGGUCAAGAGGCUCCUAUGGCUACAUUAAAACAACCAUGGUGGAAAUUGACUAUGAUUCGUUAAAGCGGAAGCCGCGGCCUUCUGUCAACAUUCAACUGAGGCAGCCAGACAGUGACCAGGAAGUGUAUGACGAUGUUGGGGAACAGGAUAGCGUCAGCAGUGGAAGUCAAAGUGCUGCAGGAGGAUUCCCUCCUCCUCCUCCUCCCUCUGAUGACGUUUAUGAUGGGAUCGAGGGCGAUGAUGAUGCACAAACAAGGUCUGUGCCACAUGGUGAAGAUAGGAGUGACUCCUGGCCCCGUGGGCUUUUGAAGAAUCUGUUGAAGGGAAAAGAUUUCCCCAAGAGAAGUAUACGAGAGGCAGCAACUAAAAUCAAUGUGACGGAAGAUAAUGGAGGUUCCUCCAGGACUUCGUCAGCAAAGCAAAUAGGGAAGGAUUCUGGAGACAGUGAUGUCUAUGAUGAUGUAGAGCCAACUGACUUCCCUCCCCCACCCAAAGAACUUAGCCUAGCGAAAUCCCUGAGCAUUGCAAGAGCUAAAUCAGAUGACCGUGAUUCGCAGAAACUCAAGAAGAUGGAGAAAGAGGAGAAAGAGUUCCGAAAGAAGUUUAAAUAUGAAGGUGAUAUCCGAGUUCUGUAUAUUACAACCAUAUCCCGAGCACCAUCUGCUAAGAAGAGAGGCUCAAAAGACUUACAAGUGAAGCCAGGAGAUUCGGUUGAGGUUAUAAAGAAUGUGGAUGAUACUAAAGUCCUGUGUAGGAAUGAAGAGGGGAAAUAUGGUUAUGUCCGGAGAAGCUGCAUAAUGGAUGAUGAUGAAGAAAUAUACGAUGAUAUCGCUGAUGAUGGCUGCAUAUAUGACAACGAUUAGCUGUGGAUUUCCCCUCAGCCUGAGCUUCAUCUACUCUAAAUCACCAGGUGGUUGAUGCAAGAGUGAAAUGUAUUCCUCACAUUGGUUGUUGUCAGCAUAGGUACAAAUAUUUGGUUAAGCUAUCUCACCAGUUUCUGGACUGUAAAGCAGGUCUCACAAUGAAGGCAUUGCAAUGUUGAUGGGACAUGUCACUGUUUUCCUCGAUCAGGUUGAGGAAGCAAACCUCCAAACCACUUCCCUCUUCCACCAGUAUGGUGAAUAUUAAAUUAUUCAGGCAACCACCCAGUUCUCAUUUUGCAAACUUAUUUUGUUUAUUUCAUCAAAGCAUGCACUUCUAAAAUAUUUCACAAAUUAAAUUAGUCACACUUAUGUGUACUUGCUAUACCCUGUUCUCACACCUGAAGCAUGCUGGGCCUAUUUCAGCUCUUCUCUAUCAGUUAUACAUUGUGUUCAUUUGCUCACCAGUACCGUACUUCUCCGUGUAUAAGGCAAGGAUUUUUUACUUGAAAAUAAUGUCACUGCAGGGACGCAGGUGGCGCUGUGGGUUCAUGAUUCAGUCUAGAGUGCAAGUAUACAGCUUGUGGCACUGUGGGUUAAAACCACAGAGCCUAGGGCUUACCGAUCAGAAGCUCAGCAGUUCGAAUCCCUUCGACGGGGUGAGCUCCCAUUGCUCGGUCCCAGCUCCUGCCAACCUAGGUUCGAAAGCACGUCGAAGUGCAAGUAGAUAAAUAGGUACCGCUACAGCGGGAAGGUAAACGGUGCUUCCGUGUGCUGCUCUGGUUCGCCAGAAGUGGCUUUGUCAUGCUGGCCACAUGACCUGGAAGCUGUACGCCAGCUCCCUCGACCAAUAACGCGAGAUGAGCGCCGCAACCCCAGAGUCGGUCACGACUGGACCAGAGUCGGUCACGACAUUACCUAAUGUCACUGCAGAUGAUGACAGCAGUCACGAAAUUAAAAGACGCCUGCUUCUUAGGAGAAAAGCGAUGGCAAACCUAGACAGCAUCUUAAAAAGCAGAGACAUCGCCUUGCCGACAAAGGUUUGUAUACCGGUAAUUAAAGCUAUGGUUUUCCAAGUAGUGAUGUAUGGAAGUGAGAGCUGGACCAUAACGAAGGCUGAUCGCCGAAGAAUUGAUGCUUUUGAAUUAUACACGGAAAAAUACAGUAAGUUCUGGCUUUAGAAGCAGAGUGCAUUAGCAAACUGACCAUAGAAUCAUAGACUUGUAGAGUUGGAAGGGACCACGAGUGCCAUCUAGUCCAACCCCUUGCAAUGCAGGAAUCUAUUGCCCAGCAUGGGGCUCUAACCCACAACCCUGAGAUAAAGAGUCUCACGCUCUACCAAGCUAAGCUAUCCUGACCAUGAUAGUUUUGUUUGUAACAAGAACUUAACAGUCUUGCAACAAGUUCUCUUCGAGUGCAUUUAACCCCCACGCACUCUUGCCUUGCUAGCUGUCUUGUGGCAUGAAACGAAGCAGCGUGAUGGCUUUUUUGCAUGCAUGCAUAUUAAUUUGCAUCACACACAAAACAUAAAAUGCUCCAACAUUCUAGGCUCUAGAGAUAGGGACUAAAGCCUGAAGAAUUUUUAAUGCAGUUCAAACUAAUACAAAAUUUAAAACACAUCCCCAAUAUCUCUCCAAAAGGCAAAAUAAGGACAAAAUAGAGACAGUUUUUUCACCUCCUCCCACAAGAACAGACAGGUAGUGGAGAAGUAAGGGCUGUUCUGUUAAAUAUUGUUGGAGCUUAUGCAAAUAUUUCUCUAUGAAGGCCUGCAUGGCCCCACUCCCUCUUAUUUGCUUUGAUCUACCUCAGCCUCCCCAAUAAAUGAGCACCUUGAGACGGACCAUUGGCUUUUUCAACUUCUAAUGUACUUUGUGGGGUGAGUGGGAUGCAGAAAGGACCUGGGCACUGUAUUGUUUAUUUGAACUGUUUAUAUCAGUCGUGCUGCAAAAUAUGUGAGAAUACACUUCAUACACAGUUCAGUCUCCAUCAUAAGAGAUUAGUCUCAUAUCAAAACUUGCCUGUGGCUUUGCUAGUUGACAGAAAAGACUGGGCAAAAGGUUCCUUAUGCAGCAAUACUUGUUCAGCAGACAAAGACCACACUACUUGGAGUGACGAUGAAUGUCAAAGUCCACACAACGGAAAUUACAGGUUUUAGUAGUAAAGGUUGCAAGAUGAUAGGGAUGUGUUUGCAUCCAUAUGCAUAAGUGGGUUCAGUAAUUAGCACUAAUGCUGAUCAGGAUAGAAGGGAACAGGGAGGGGGGUAGGCAUCAAACAUUUAGCCCACAGCUGCCCUGCCAACAGCCGAUAAACCGUUUUGCCUUUCAUGGGACUGGGAAUACAUGUUCAGAACUGGCAACUGGGUGAGAUAAGAAACCACACAACACGCAAACAAACACAGAACACAACUUUGCACGCACAGUUUCUCAGUGUAAAGAUACAUGCGCUGAAGCUCCUUGCUGACUCAGAGUGACAGAGGAAAUGUGCCACCCUCACAGAUAACCAAGGAAUAUAUUUUCUAAAAUUAAGUUAUUGCACUUGGUACAAAACAAUACUUCUGUGGAGUGUUUUCAUUGAACAAUCAUGAAUGUAAUUUAUGUAGUUUUCAAUCCUUUAUUUUAUGCU